CUCCAUUCCCUUUGCUGGAGGGAAGCCUGGAGUUGCCACUGAGCAGACUUUCUACCUGUGGAGGCAAAGGGACAGGGAAGGAAGGAAGACUAUGAGGCGAUUCAUCUUUUUGACUUUCAGCUUGCUGGUCGUGGCCCUCUCCCUAAGAGGAGCCAAAGGCUAUCAGUGUCCUCUAGAUUGGCUCCCCGGGAACGGGCUUUGCUAUAAGGUCUUCGGUGAACCAAAGACUUGGAACGAUGCAGAGCUGUUCUGCAGGAAAUUGAAGCCAGGCUGCCACCUUGCCUCCAUCCAUAGCUUGGCUGACUCAUUUGCCGUGGCUCUCUACCUCACUGACUAUCUCAAAAUUCAGAGCCGUGUCUGGAUCGGACUGUGGGAUCCAAAUCAGAACUUCAACUGGGAGUGGACAGAUGGAUCUAAGACUGACUACGUACGCUGGGACAAAGAUCAGCCCGAUCACUUCGAGAACAAAGAGUUCUGCGUUGAGAUUGUGCACUAUACAGGGUAUCUCAGGUGGAACGACCAGAAGUGCACAUUUUUGCAUUCUUUUCUCUGCCAGUGCAAAUACUACAUGACUGGCCUUGUUUAUUUGGGAGACCCAGGAGAUGGUGGAGGUUUAAAGCUGAAGACCCCAGACUCUUCUGCAUGGGAAGGAAGGAAGACCAUGGGGCAAUUCAUCUCUCUCACCCUCGGCUUGCUGGUCGUGGCUUUCUCCCUAAAUGGAGCCAAAGGCUGUUUAUGUCCCCGUGAUUGGCUCCCCAAUAAUGGGUUUUGCUACAAGGUCUUUGAUGAGCACAAGAAUUGGAACGAUGCCGAGUUGUUCUGCAGGAAACACAAGCCAGGCUGCCACCUGGCCUCCAUCCAUAGCCGUGAAGAGUCAAUUGACUUGGCCGAAUACGUCUCUGACUAUCACGGAAGUGGUGGAGAUGUCUGGAUUGGACUGAAUGACCCAGAGAAAAGACGCAAUUGGCAGUGGACAGACAGAUCCAAAAACAGCUACCUGAUGUGGAAACAAGGAGAGCCCAACAACAAGGAGAAUAAUGAAAAUUGCGUUGAACUUUGGAGCCCAACAGGUUACAAGAACUGGAACGACCAGAACUGUGCGUCCACACGUGCAUACCUCUGCAAGUGCAGAUUCUGAUGCAACGUCUCCUUCUCCUGCUCUGGGGGGGCGGGGGUGGAACACAAGUGAAGCACCUGGAGAAGCAAGGGAGCCUCCCCAAA